UUAGAUGCAGAGGCAGUUUGUCAGCGUAUGUGUGCCAGGGUAUGGUUUCUCUUAUGAAGCUGUGACCUUAUGACAGAAGCUGGGCGUGCGUAGGAUGCGUUGCUGAGUAUAAAAGUGCUUAAGUUUGCAGGAGAAGCAGCCUGAAAAGUUUCUGAACUUGUGCAGGUGAAAGUUGAGGAUGGGGACGAUCUCAAAUGACAUCAGGAGGCUUUUGGAGGACUGUGAGCUGUUUGUGUCAGAGAUCCUUCAGGAUGAGAACCUCAGUAAACAUGCCAGAGAGACACGGGAUGUCUUACUGAAUAACUUCAGGGUGGUCCACGUUCGAAAUCCUGAUGAUUUCCCCUUUCAGGUGGACUCUAGACAGGAAGACAGCUCUGAUGACAACCACAGUUCCAGUCUAGGUCGCUCAGCCCCGUCCGAUGACGCUUCCGUAGCCUCAGACUACCAGGACGAUGGAGCCCCUCUGUUCUUUGGAGACAUCCCACACGUUGCAGUCCAGGACCUCAACAACAUCUUGAAGCAAGGUUACUUGGAAAAGAAACGCAGAGACCACAGCUUCUUUGGCUCAGAGUGGCAAAAGAGAUGGUGCGUUCUCAACAACACGAUAUUCUACUACUUUGGGAGUGAAAAAGAUAAACAGCAGAAAGGUUCAUUUUAUAUCAAUGGCUACAGUGCAGAGUCUGUGAUCAACCUGCGAAAAGACUCCAGAAAAAAUGCCUGUUUUGAACUGAGAGCGCCUGGACGGCGGACCUACCAGUUCACCGCCAACAGUUCCAGAGAGGCCAGGGAAUGGGUGGACCAGAUCAAUUUUGUACUUAGAGAUCUAAGCUCCAACUUUAUCCCAUUUGAUGAUGAUGACGAGGAAGAUAAGGAGGAGGAAGAGGACACCUAUGAUGACAUUGAGGGGGCGGCCGGCCCUCUCCAAUCACGACCUGGUGUUGCCCAGGCAUCUCUGAGGGGUACAGAGGGAGGGCAGGACACGGCGGAGGCAAACGAGGAGGACGAUGAUAUCUACGAAGUGCUGCCAGAAGAGGACUUUCCAGAUUCAGCAGAGGACAGCAGUGAAAGAAACAAACCAGAGUGGUCAUCAGAUUAUGCUAACUAUUACCAGGGUUUAUGGGAUUGCGAUGCUGACGAGCCAGAUGAGUUGGCCUUCCAGAGGGGAGACCUCAUCUACAUCGUUAGUAAGGAGUACAACAUUCAUGGCUGGUGGGUCGGCGAGCUAAACGGCACUGUGGGUAUUGUCCCCAAGGACUUCCUGCACCCUGCUUACAUCCUGUGAGCUCCAACAGAGCUGCUGGUGACACCUCCGGACAUGAAUUUAAGAGACGCUUUUAUCAGAUAAGCUUUUAUAAUUUGGAAAUUACUCUCCCUCAUAAGAUCAGAAGAAGGUGCUGACGUGCUACUUAUUUGCACACAAACCAUUUGCCUCCACUAUUGCUGUGCAAACAGAAUAAUUAAUUUUAAUACAUUUUUAACAACUGUUUGGUAAUUUGUUUGUUUAAAUGACUUCCUCUGUUGAGGUUUCUGGAGUAUUUUAAAAUUAACAGAUACAAUGGGCAAAAUAUCUUGUAUGACGCAUAUCUCAAAUGCAACAAAUAAUCUUAUAAUGGCCCUUGUUGCCAUGACAGCAAGUUAAAAAUUUCUAAAUUGUACUGGUAAUCACUAGGUGGCAGUAGUGGUGUAAUAUUUUGUGAAAGCAUGAAUUCAUGUGUUGAGAAUGUAGAGCAAUAUCAGAUAUUUGUAAGUAUUGCAUAUAAAAAGCAAUUUAUUUGAACUGAAAAUGUUUUUAUUUACAUGGACACCAUUUGUUAUUAUUCCCCUUGGAAAUGCAUGCUAGAAAAUAGAUCCCAAAGAGACGCCUUAACUCUAAAUAUUUAUUCUAAGCCACAAAUUUCUUUUAACUGCUGACGUUUCAUAAACUAAAUGUGCUAGAAUCCAGAAAGACCAAAAGCUGCACAAUCAGCCUGUUAGAUGGUUAAGAUAAACUCAGAGAACAUCUUGGGUUUACGUAAAUAAAUUAAUAUACUUUAAGGCCUUUUUUGGUCACCUAUGAUGUAGAUGCUCCCUUGUUUUCACUUGGGGUUGCCACAGCAGAUCCAAAGUGGAUCUACAUAGUGAUUUGACACACGUUUUAUGCCGGAUGCCCUUCCUGAUGCAACUCCACAUUACAUGGAGAAAUGUGGCAGGGGUUGAACUGGGAACCUACCACACUGAAACCAAGCGCACUAACCACUUGGCCCCCACCCCUGCUUUGUCACCUAUGACAUAAUUUAAAAGUUACAGAAUUAUUGUUGGUCCCCCACCCCCACAAAUAAAUGAUGAUCAUUUCUGAAAUUACCAUCAUUUCUUGAUUCCUUAAAAAAAGUGUCAAAACUCCUCCGCAAUGUGUGAAAAAUGCUCAUUUUCAAUAUUAUUUUAUGUUAAUUAUCAUUAAUGUGAAAUAUGAUUUUCUUCAAACUACGUGGAUGUUGUCACUGCUAAGUGUCACUUAUAAGGGGUUAAUAAUUUGUGAGAUCAGGCAUAAAAAACUCAUCAUCUUAAGCCAGUUGUAUGUGAUGUGAAGGAUUUUUAAUAGUUUAUAUUAAGUAAAAUCUCUCUUCUACUGUUACAUUUAUUUUAUUUCUACUGUUAAUAAUAUGUUAGUAUAACAUUUGGGUGCCCUUGGACAAAUCCCGUAUUUUAUUUUUAUGACAUUCAUCAAAGCUAAAUAAAUAAAGCUUUUUAAAAAUCUAAAUUGCUGUUUAUAUAACCAAUCUACAUAUAGAUAAAUACAGAGGAUUAUAUAAACAAAUAAAAAGCAUGCUUUUUCAUAUAAAUAUUUUUAAAAUUCUGCUCUUUAUUUUGUAACUUAAUGUAUCUUGACAACAUGGUCCAAAUUAAAUUAAAAACUCAAAAUAACAGGCGACAUAAGUAUCCUAUUUAAAGUAUUCACAGUGCUCCACUUUUUCCACAUUUUGUUAUGUUACAGCCUUAUUACAAAGUGGAUAAAAUUUACUUUUUCCCCACAAAAUUCUACACAUAAUACCUUAUAAUGACUGUGAUUUUUUUUUAAUUUUUUUUUUAGAUUUUUACAGAUUUAUUUAGAAAAAACAGCAAGAGGAUUUCAGAUUAUGGUCUUCUCGAACAUGAUACAGAAGCCAAAAACAAUCCAUUCCAGGCCAAGUUUCCUUACUUUAGAUGGUUCACGUGCAGGCAUCGCAUUGUGGAGUUUUAAGAAUGUCUAAUAUGAAAUCCCAACAAUUUUUAUUUGUAGCUGGUAGAUAGGAAGUGAUAUUGCAUGACUUGUUAAAAGUAAUACCAACAUAUGUAUCCUGUACCUUUAAACAUUAUUGUUAUGCAUGUCUGAUUUUGUUAAGAAUUUCAGAGACUGUAUUGCAUCUGGAUGUUGUGGACAAUGGAGAGCCCAUGGCCAAUUUGAGAAAGUGAUUCACGAGUCUUAAAUUUAGAAAAGUAAAUAUAACAAGCCAUGUUACAGAAAUUCCAUGUGCACAUUACAAUAUUUUUUUUCCCCACAAGAAGGAUUCUUUUGCAUUAUUUUUAGACAAGUAGUUAAGAGUUGUGUGCUUUGAGAAGCUCUUUUUUAAUCUUGUUUUGAUCACUCUCUGUUAUUAAGAAAUACACUUGAUAAGGUGUACAACAAAGCUGCAUAUAUUUGUACACAAACUGACUUACAUCAGUGUGUCAAAAUAUUACUAAACAGGUUACAUUUUCAACACUGUAUGGUGACACCCCCCCAGCAGGUGCUUUGAGUAAACUAUUAGUAAUGAACACAGAAUAGAACAGGUGUUGGUUGAUUUUAGGCCACUUGUGUGUGUCUAGUGUCUGGACACUAUUGUUGAGGUAAAUAUUUUUCCACCUCUUUACCGCAGAUUAAUCAGCGGUUACAUCAACAGUUGGGAUUUUAUAUGAUUGACAUCAAGACUAACACACAGGACUGCAUGCACACAAAAGUUGUGGACACAUCAUACAACCAAGUGUAGAAUGACUUUAAUGAGAUCAAUUACAAAACUAUGUUAUCUGUUAACAAGACAAAAUUAGACAUGGGCCAUAAUGACUACAAAAGAUAAAUCAAACUUAAGCUGGUCUCCUAUUGGUGAUUUGUGGCCCUGAUUAGUUUCCAU